UUUUGCUUUCUCUUUCCCAGCCAUCCCCUUCCUUUCUUUGUCUGUCUGCUGGAGGGGGAACAAACAGGGUGGAAGCGAGAGACAGUGUGUGUGAGUGCGUGUGAGAGACAGACAGCAAGUGAGUGAGACAGAAAGAGAGAGUGAGGGGAGGGGGAGAGGGGGACUAGUGUGCAGGAAGAAAGGAAAGAAAGAAAGAAUGAAGGAACUGCAGUCAUCUGUGUGACACCUUCUGUCUGUCAGAAACUGGAAGUGAAGUCAGGUGCUGUUGUUGUGGUGUCACACUUCUGCACUGGAGGGAUUCCCACACACACUAGUGCGGCUGGAUGUAUCACACAGAGCACCAGUAUUCUGGCCGGUACUCAUGGGACUCCUUCCCCUCUGGUGGUUCCAGCAGGGCUUCAUGGGCUCCCGGCUCCAGCCGGCACUUGCCCCCGCCGUCCAGGGGCAAUGGUGGAGGGUACCAGUCAACCCUGAGCCAUGGUUCAGGAAGAAACUAUCACAAAGUGUAUAAUAAUAGACUUGGGGAGUUCAGCAGGCACAGAGUUUAUGAUCACCCCAGAGAAAGAGGGAUAAACAGUAGAGAUCGGAUCACAUCGUGGUCUUGGGGAUCGAACCAUCACCAGAACCCUGAUCGGGCCGUGCUGAACGGAUACAGCUCAGGAUGUGGAGGACAUGUUCUCAAUAAUCAGCCUCCAAGGUAUGGAGGCCCUCACCAGCAUCAUCGGACCCCGAUGACAGAAAGGUGGAGUCCGGUGGCUUCGUCCAGAUCCUUUCAAAGUCCCUCACUUAAACGCCCACCCCCCCGAAACCCCUCACCAUCGAGAGAUGACUGUCUCAGUAAGAGGAGCAAAAGUGACAACUCACACCAGGCUCUUCCUUCAAAGAUUAAGCACCCCAUGCCUAUGAAUCACCCUCCGUUGUGUCAUCUCCCUCGCACCUGUAGCCCUCCAUACCGCAGUGACACCCAGUGGAGUCAGUCAAAUAAGAGACAGUCUGCUUCAGGCUUUCAGGACUCAAGUCAUUCCAGUAGCAGAGAUCAACUUCACAGGAACCAUCCGGUGCUCUCAUCAACCCUCAAUGGCCCCGGCCAAGAUUUUCACAGCUCAAAAUCCCUGAAACUUGGCCACCUCCACGCUUACAGUCACCAAAUCCAUGAUCACCUGGGACCCCAUGGAUCCAAAGGGGACUGGGAGCGUUCUGUUCCGCCCUCACCAGCAAACCUUACCAGAGUGCCUUAUAGCCCCCAGCACCAGCCUCCAGUGGGCCCACACAGGCACCCAGUACCUCAUGCCAGCCGUGGUUCACCCACACCAGCCUGGAAGGACAAGCAGAGCAGUGAAACCAGGGGCUCUGGUCUAGGGCCUGAUGAGCGGCAGCAACUGCAAGGGAUGAAAGAAGGAGGGCGAUAUCACAGCACCCCAAAACACAUCCAAGUCCACUGCAGCCCUGAAGGUAGAAGUGUUCGACAUGGCACCACGUGUGGAAGAGCAAGUCUGUCUCCGUGCCCUGAACCUGGGUCCAGCUCUCAGAGGCUAGAGGGGCAGAAAAUUAGGGUUUCUAAACACAGAGCUCCACUGACUUAUACUAAGCCCAGCUACUCCAACCACAGUGGCCAGGAGAGCCAAAUGCGUCUGUUGGAUACAGAUACGUUAAAGCAUGUUGAAAGUAAGAAGCGACACAGAGAGCGAGAGAAAAGACAAGAGAGGAAAGGAAAGGAAGGGGCAGAUGAAAGAAAGGCAAGGAUACUGAGAAAACUUGAGGCAAAGAAAAAGAAAAAAGAGAGACAAGAGAAAAGAAGCCACCGGGAAAGGAAGGGAAGCCAUAGAAAAGGAGAGUUAGGGGGACAGUCUGAGAGAAAAACUAAAGAUGAGAGGAAAAGAGCAAGGAAGGCCGAGAGAAACGGCACGAAGCAAGGACAGAAGGACCGUUUAAGAAGAGAAAUAUCUUCUCACACUCCUUCUUGCGAUUCACUUGUGAGUCAGCGUAAAGACUCGGCCGUCCCUGAGGAUCAGCCAGUGGCAGCUUUUUCAGACGCGUCACUGUUUAUUCCCAAAUACACGAAACAUGAAGAGGAAGAGGAAGAGUUAAACUGUGACGCUGACUCUUCACACACCUCAGGGUUCAUUUUGCCCUCCACCCCACCUCUAACAAACCAUCCGCUUCAGAGCCAAUUAGACGACGUUGCCAAUAAUGUGACCUCAGAAAGUGACAACAGCCUUCCAUCCUCUGAGCGUACAUGUACAAACACCAGCAGUUUUAGGUCUCAAAACAAACAGCUCGACCAGGUGGACGUUACCUCUGAACCCUCUGCUAGCAGUGAGCAGGAGUUGCCAGUGUUAGAUUACUCCAACUGUUUCGAGGAAAAUGUUCCUCAACCUGAGGAGAAGAACCAACACGCUCCAGAUCUUCUACCUGCCCACAGUAAUUCUAUGGAGGACCAUCUGCGACUGGAUCCCUCAGCUAGCCCCCCAGUACUGAGCUGGCAGGGCUCUCCUGUUUCAGAUCUCAGCGAGGAAGAGGAGGAUGAAGCAGGAGCCAACAUAGCAGGAGUGAUCAGGAGACCAGUCCUCCAGCCAAGCCCCACUCAUUCAUCUCCAAUCCGAGACCCAGAGGAAAUCUGGAAAGAUCCGGGUCAACCCUCUGGUGUGGACUACUGCCACAGCGACCUGGCCAAACUGUAUGGCUUUGCUGAGCCUUUGGAUGAUGUGGAGGAAGACGAAGACACAGAACCCAUGGCAGAGCAGCAGGACAGUAGCACAACAACCUCUCAGGGACCGCAUCUGCAUGACACUGACUGUACCUUGGCUUCAAACAGCCAUAAGUACACCUACAGAGGUGGCCCCUUUUGUCGGCCACCUCCUAACACGGUGACCGGAGUCAAAUACGCGUCCUCUCUUUCACUGGGACCAGAGAUACACUCUCCAGAACAGCACAGUCCAUCUUCUACAUCCCCAAGAGCUGUGUCUCCACCGGCCAUGCCCUUGACCAGCCUUUCCCCUUCCAUAUCUACCUCAAAUCAUCUAAAGCCCGAUGAAAACAUGCAGGCAAAUAAAGAGGAAAAAGACGACAGCAUUGUUCAGAACGAUGGUGAUGACCAAGCUAUAAAAGAACAAAGCUGUACCUCUCUGGUGAAGGAGAACGAGGCCAAGGUGUUGCCACCCACCAUGUCACCUGCUACCUUGCAGGCUAAACUGGUACACAGCUGUGAGAUGCUACUGAACCAGAGCACCAGUACCCUCCUUUCAUCGGAUGCGAACAGCGGAAAGGAUAAAACUAAAACCAAGCUGGAGAAGAAGAAGCAAGGGCAAAGUAGGGACAGAAAGAGAGAGCAGGAGAAGAAUCAGAAAACAAAAGCCGGACGCAGCGGUGUAACAGAAGAGCCGAGUCACAGAGAGGAAAACGUGCAGCGUAAAAAGCACAGCAGGAACACCAAAAGUGAGAAACAACAUCGCUCAUCUAGUGGUGAACCCUCGAAGCAGCUCGCCAAGGAUCAGAACAAACAAGACGUAACGGAGAGGAAAGUAACAGAGACCGAGAAGAAGCAAAGAAAAGGGAAUAAGGAGAGAGCCAAAGCUAAACAGGAAAACAAGGAUGGAGAUGCAGGAUUGACAAAAUCCACCACCAGCAGAAGUGGAUCCGGUACAGCUCCGGCUGUUCGGGUUUUGUCCUCUGUGCCGCUGAAAGAGCUCAAGGUUCAGCUGGUGAAACUCAAGAUCGCUGGGAGGCAAACGUUCAUCGCCUCAGAGUUUGAGCAGAAGAGAAUCGCGCUGGAAGAAAUCAGCAUCAACAACAGUGCAGCCGAGAUCAUUAGAGCCUGCAGAGAUACGAAGGUGAAAGGUCAUUUCCGUGAGUCCUAUCUGCUUCCGUCUAUGUCUGUGAAGCCUGUGCUGAAAGUCGAGACUCAGAUUCCCAGAGAGAAGCUCAACCCACCCACGCCAAGCAUCUACCUGGAGAGUAAAAGAGAUGCGUUUUCUCCGGUGCUACUCCAGUUCUGUACAGAUCCCAAAAACCCGGUUACUGUUAUCCGAGGCCUGGCAGGAUCACUCCGACUCAACCUGGGGUUGUUCUCCACUAAGUCUCUGGUGGAAGCGAAUGCUGAUCACGCCGUGGAAGUGAGGACGCAGGUACAGCAGCCGGCCGACGAGAACUGGAACACGACCGGCUCGGCUCAGACUUGGCCAUGUGAGAGCAGCCGAUCUCACACCACCAUCUCAAAGUACGCUCAGUACCAGGCCUCCAGCUUCCAGGAGAGCCUACAGGAAGAGAAGGACAGUGAGGAUGAAGAUGAAGGUGAGAGUAAAACAGAAUCAAAAUCAGAGACUCCAUCCAGCAGCCCGCCCUGCACACUGAGCUCGGAGCAGAAGUCCGCCGGAAAAAUCAUCAAGUUUGGUACCAACAUCGACCUUUCUGACCCGAAGAGGUGGAAGUUGCAGCUGCAGGAGUUGUUGAAGUUGCCCGUGUUCAUGCGCGUCUCCUCCACGGAGAACAUGCUGAGCCACGUGGGACACACCAUCCUCGGGAUGAACACCGUUCAGCUGUACAUGAAGGUCCCAGGCAGCCGCACACCAGGACACCAGGAGAACAACAACUUCUGCUCGGUGAACAUUAACAUCGGGCCUGGAGACUGUGAGUGGUUUGCUGUACACGAGCACUACUGGGAGGCCAUCAGUCACUUCUGUGAGACAAACGGAGUGGACUACCUGACGGGUUCGUGGUGGCCGGUUCUGGAGGAUCUGUAUCGCUCCAACAUCCCCGUGUACCGUUUCAUCCAGCGUCCUGGAGAUUUAGUGUGGAUUAACGCAGGAACCGUGCACUGGGUUCAGGCCGUCGGCUGGUGCAACAACAUCGCCUGGAACGUUGGGCCGCUGAACUCCUAUCAGUAUCAGCUGGCUCUGGAGCGCUUCGAGUGGAACGAGGUGAAAAAAGUCAAAUCGAUUGUUCCUAUGAUUCACGUCUCCUGGAACGUCGCACGUACAAUCAAGAUCAGCGACCCAAGCACUUACAAAAUGAUCAGACAUUGCCUCCUUCAGUCCAUGAAACACAUCCAGAUCCUGAGAGAGCAGCUCUUAGCAGAAGGGAAGAAGAUUUGUUAUCAGAGCCGGAUGAAGGACGAGCCGGCCUACUACUGCAACGAGUGUGACGUGGAGGUGUUUAACCUGCUCUUCGUCACUAGUGAGAGCAGCAAUAGGAAGACCUACGUGGUGCACUGUGAGGACUGCGCUCGCCGGAGGAGCUCCUGCCUCUCUGGAGUUGUGGUGCUCGAACAGUACAGAGUAGAAGAGCUGAUGAACACCUACGAUAACUUCAACCUGGCUUCUGUGCCAUGUUCGAAAUGAUCCCAAGGUGUUUGAUGUCACACAGCCAUGACCAAAUCUCCUGUCUGCUCGUCAGCAGCGGUGCCAACGUUCAGUUCUCUGCUUUAUUUUUUAUCAUUAAUUUUAUUGUUGUUAUUAUUUUUUUACUCAAAACCACUACUGCGGACUCUCCGAUCCACAAGCUGUUUACUCGACACUGUUUACAGAACCACAUCAGCAGGUGCUUCACCGACUCGCUCGUCUUCCCCCUUCACCAGCUACUGGAGUCAUGAUGCUGUUACGACGCUGUUAUGAUGCAUUAUAAUGCGCUCUGAGGUUAGAGACCGGCCGGAGACCUGCCACAUACAGACACACCGGUACACUGGACCUGAGCAAGUCAUACGAACUGUGUUUGAUUUAUUUUUUUGUUUU